CAAUGCAUCGCAGCCGUUGAAUUCCAAAUAAACAAAUGAGCUGGACACGUUUAACGGUGCACUCCGAGGCGAGGGAAGCGCUUCCGCUCCCGUCCCAAUCGCUUCAGUGUGACCCACCCACACUUCAACUCAAACUCCAACCUUCCGUGUCUUCUAGUAAUACUCUUCCUCUCACUUCAUAACCAAACACUUCUAACCCCCUUUCUUCUCUUCUUUUCUCUUCUCUAUAAUUCGAAGAUAUAUGGCGGAUUGGGGGCCCGUGGUGAUAGCUGUGGUGCUCUUCGUACUGCUGAGCCCGGGCCUCCUCUUUCAGAUUCCCGGGAGGGGAAGAGUGGUUGAGUUUGGGAACAUGCAAACCAGUGGGGCUUCCAUUAUGGUUCAUGCCAUCAUCUAUUUCGGUCUCAUCACCAUCUUUCUCAUUGCCAUCGGUGUUCAUAUCUACACCGGCUAAGGGUAACCCUCCAUCUAUACAGACAUGGAUCUAUUCUGCUAGAUCUCAAUGUAUUUUUAUUUUUAUGUACUCUAGUUUCUAGGUAGUAGUAUUAUCAGCCUUUUAAGUUUUAACAUUUCCGCUUUGGCUAUGCGUAUAUGUACUGUAUUCGUAUUUGUAUUUGUAUUUUGUAUGUGUGUAACUGGAUUCCGGGCACAACAACGUGUUCCUCCUUUUA